AUGCAGUCACAGAGAUCAAAACAGGACAUCCAGUGGAAGGAGGAGAACAACACAAUAUGGGCGGAAAUCAAAGAUCACUACUCACAAAAAAGAAGACCCAGAUCCAGGACUGUGGCUGCGAGGGCGGGAUCAGGCCCAGCCCCCCGAGCCCCCUCCGCUCUUCCUGCCCGCGUCACCCCUCCUGUUCCUCCAGUCGUGGUACGGCGCUGCCCAGGGUUGAUGGGGUCCUGCUCGCCCUACACGCCCUGCUGUGACCCCUGCGCCACCUGCCACUGCCGCCUAUUCAAUACCAUCUGCCACUGCUGGAGAAUGAAUCACCUUUGCCCCAAAAAGACCUAG